UACAAUAUCACGGUUUUCCUCAUCCGUGUGGAGACGCUGCAAUGGCAUCCUCCCCAUCGACACAACGUGAUUUAAUCAACUCCAAUUGGCUAUUCCUGAACCUUGCGAUGAAACUAGACUCCUCUCUUCAUCCAAAACUAAACACUCAACUGAAAAACUUCAAAUUAUUCAAUAAAAGUUGCGCUUUGACGGAAAGGGAAGAACUUAUACCAGUUGGAAGCUGUAUGGACGGAUCAAAGAUCAACAUCCCGACAGAUUAUGGAGAUAUUGACAUUUUACUUGUACCAAGAAAACAUGUUUUGGACGAAAAGUUAUUUAACUAUGAUCCUGAUUACCCAGCAUUUCUCCAUGUAAGAGGGGAGAAGGAUCAUGCACAAAUCUUUAAAAAUGUUCAGUUAGUAAAUGGCCAUGUUCCAGUGAUGGUUCUCAAACAAAUACAAAGGAACUAUUUUCAUCUUGUUUCGUUAUCUAUUUAUGCCACAAUGUCAAACGGUAUACGCCCAAGAAAAGACCGUACUAUUAGUGUCGUGAAACGAUCCGGUGUAGGCUUGGAAUUCGUCAAACUUGACGUUGGUAACUUUGAUUGUAAAGAUUCUGUAGGACAGCUAUGGAAGCAUGUCAAUAAGAUCAGGCUUCUCAAAAAAUCCAUGGAUUCAAUUAUUGACGUUUUGACAGGUUUCUGGUUGAAUAAAGACGAAGAUGAGCAAAUGCAAACAAAAACAUGCAAGCAUGUUCCGAAAGAAUGUUCUGUCGAACAUGAAGAAAUCGAUCCUGAAGACGGAGAAGUAACAAUCAGGUAUGACAAUAAUUUAGAUAUAGACGAACCUGAUGAAAGCUACGAAGAUAACGACGACAGCAAAGGAAGCAUGCCAUUAGCAAAUGAAUCUAACUUUAAUGACGGGGAUCCUGAUGACCAAUCUGUGUCUUUGCCAAAAUUAAUGUCGGCAGAUUUUGUUCCAGCCUUUAAGUUUGAUGACUGGCCCAGACCAGCAGCAGAAUGGAAAACGAGAAAAAGACAGUGGCCGUCGGAGGAAAUAGUUCAAAAAGUUGUAGAAUGUGGUUGUCACAUUGUAUCAAAACGACCACUCUUCUCUGACCUCAACGGCGAUCCAACAAAGGAAGACAAUUCACCAGAGUCAGACAAAACAAAUACAUUCUUUAGACUUUCUUUCUCCAGAUGCGAACUCAUUCUUGCAAAUAGUUUGACAGAGAGUCAAAAAUAUUGCUGGAGAGUAUUAAAGGCCUACCAGAAAAAGUAUCUUGGCACAGAACCAAAAGUGCUCGCCUCGUAUCAUUGGAAAAAUAUCGUGUUUUGGGUCAGCGAAGAGACAGACCCUUCGUUCUGGACGGAAGACAACGUUCUCUUUGGUGUUUGCAAGGCUUUAGAUUUUAUGAUAAAAUGUCUCCGGGAAAGAUUUAUUCCAGUUUAUUUUGUAAGAAAUGAAAAUUUGAUCGCUGGAUGCAGACAGGAGGUGAUUGAAGAAGCGCUGGCAAAAGUCAUUUCAAUAAGAAACGACCCCAUUGGAAAGCUGCAGUUUUUUCUUGAAAAUCCUCCUCAAUCCCCUCCUUAUCGCGUUAGUAGAACAGAACUUACACCGUCGCCAGAAAAAAUAAACCGUACAUCUGAAUAUGUCGUAGAUGUAAUCGCAGAUUUAGUUCGACAAGUGCCUGAAAACGCACGUGACGAAGAUUUCCUCGCAGGGUUUUCAUGCAAAAUGCUCGAGUUAUGGCAAGAAGCAAAAACUAGAAUAAAUGAACAUGUAACGUCAAACCAAACGUCUGUAGUUUUAGGAAACGUGGACCACUUGAUAAAACAAAUAGUAGAUAAACAUGAGAAUAAGAGUUCCGAGGUUGGUGACAGUAUCGCCAAAACGGCUGUAAAAAUUGCAGGAAGUAUGUUACCUAUACUAGCCAAUAAAACAGGCAAUACUGCAUAUAUCAAACGAGGAGCUAUUCGAGCUGUUUCUGGGAUAGCAACAGCUUUUUGUGAAGACAAGCCUGUUGAUCCCAAUAAAGUGGUUGGGGGCUUUAUUUCUUUUUUCACGUCUACCAUUGAUGACCGCUUAUAAUCAAAACC